AUGAGCAGGCGGAAUUGUUGGAUCUGUAAGAUGUGCAGAGAUGACUCUAAGAGGCCUCCUUCAAACCUUACUUUGGAGGAAGCAUUACAGUGGGCCCAGUCUUUUGAAAAGUUGAUGGCUACGAAAUAUGGUCCGGUAGUCUAUGCAGCAUACUUAAAGACGGAGCACAGUGAUGAAAAUAUUAAAUUCUGGAUGGCGUGUGAAACCUAUAAGAAAGUUGCCUCACAGAGGAGCAGAACUUCUAGGGCCAAGAAGCUUUAUAGGACUUACAUCCAGCCACAGUCCCCUAGAGAGAUUAACAUUGACAGUUCGACAAGAGAAACCAUCAUCAAGAAUAUUCAAGAACCCACUCAAACGUGUUUUGAAGAGGCUCAAAAAAUAGUGCAUAUGCACAUGGAAAGGGAUUCCUAUCCCAGGUUUCUAAAGUCAGAAAUGUACCAGAAACUUCUGAAGACUAUUCAACCCAACAACAAUUUUUGA